AUGGGCACAACGAGCUGCUGCCAAAAGGAACCACAUCCCUUGCAAGAUAUCAUCAAGGCGCAUCCCCCGUAUCCCGAGAGCCAUCCGGACUUGGAGCUUGAAGCCGAGGCGGCGCAGUCGCCAUGUCCCACCCCGGCGAACCAGUGUAGAAGUUCCUGCGACAAGGGCUCUGACACCCCCAAGGCCACAGAAGAGAGCGGGCAUAGUCCCAGACAUCUCUCGGAGGAUGGCCUGGUGCGGGGCAUCAGGCUAAAGGCCACCUUGUGGCACCUGGGCAGCUUGUGGCGCAAGUCCCCCUGUGAUAUGGAGCUGCCGGAGAGGACUGGCCUAUGGCAGAAGUCGCGGCCUUUGUUCAAAUUUGACAAGUUCAUUUCACACACCUGGGCUACCCCUGGCAGAAGCAAAGUUGUGGCCUUGCUGCUGCAGACUGGCUGGGGGGUGUCGGCAUCUUCUUGGGCGCUCGCAGUGCUCGUGUCUGGGAUCCUUUGUGCGCUAAAUGUGCUGCCCAUGCCCUUCGUGUAUCACGCUCACUUUCACGAUUUUCAUCAGGAAUGCCCGUUCGGCAUGUGGAUCAUGAGUUGCUCCUCCUUGGCCCAGCUGGUUGGUUUGCUCGCAAGCCCCUACCUCUGCAGCAGCUCUCCCGACUGCUUCCUGGACGUGGUGAGCAUCAAUCAGUGUCAGCCUGAGCUCACAGAGCGCGGGGUCUACGGGCUUGGAAGCUUUUUGAGCAUUUCCAAAGAGCUUCACGUGUUGUGGAGCCCUCCGUACCUCACGCGACUUUGGUGUGUCUUUGAGCUGGCAGCAUUCAGGGCCGCAAACCCCGUGGGCCGCAUUCGGCUGAGUCCUUUGUAUGUGGAGCUGGUCAUUGCAGCGAUGCUUCCUUGCAUGUUUCUGGUGUGCACGGUGUUUUGGAUCUUUGCCGGCAUGACCGGCGGCCAUUUGAUCUUUCCGGCGGAGUACUGUCUUUGUGCUCCGGUGCUGUUCUACAUCGUCCACGUCAUGCGCAGAUACCACCUGCAGAAGCACGUGCUCUUCGGGGAUCUGAAGCACUUCUCGCUGGAGCAGGCCGAGUGCCGCCUGGACUCGGACCGGGCCUUGGUCUUGGCCGCCAUCAAGUACUGGUACGAAAGCGAGCAGCAGUUCACGGAGUAUGUCCGGGGCAAGUUGCACGACGAGCUUUCGGCUCACUGCUGCACCAAGGUCCCCAUCAACUACUUGCUGUGGCUCAUCUUGCCGGUGAUGAGCCUCACCUUGGAGCAGCUGCUGGCGUACUGGAAGGGCGGCGCCCCGGUGGAGUGUCUCGUGGCCUUCGCGCUGCGCUCGCUGGCCCUCUAUCUGCUUUGGUCGGUGAUGAUCCUGCGGUUCGGACUGUACUUGUCUGACCGCCUUGCAAGGCCGUUGGUCCAGGGUAAAGGAUGGAAUGCUUUGCAAUCCUGCCUUGUGGGGUCCUUAUGGCUCUUCAUGUACUUUGCGGGUGUGCUGAGCGAAGAGUGGGCGCACUCACUCGGCGUGGCCUGGACUUGUGGGUGGUCAGCUCUGGUCGCAGUGCUCUUCGGAGUUUUUGUACUGCAGGAGCUGAACGAGCAGUUUCACGCGCUUCAGAUGGUUGAAUGUGCAGGGAUUUAA